AUGGGAGCAGCAAAAGCAACUUAUGUACAGGCUUGGGAGAAAAAGAUGUCUGAGUUAAGGCACUUUGAUCCAAAGGCUUGGGAGUGGCUAGUUGGUGUUCCUACCAAACUAUGGUGUAUGCAUGCCUUCAGCUAUUAUCCAAAGUGCGAUGUCCUUAUGAAUAACAUCAGUGAGUCUUUUAAUAGUACCAUAUUGCAGGCUAGAGAUAAACCAAUUAUCACUAUGUGUGAGUGGAUUAGAAAUUAUCUCAUGAAUAGGAUAGCUGGUAGUUUAACAAAGUUAGACAAAUGGAAACAUAAAACCAUGCCUAUGCCAAGGAAAAGAAUGGACAAGGAAGUUGCACUUAGUGGUAAUUGGAUUCCUACUUGGUGUGAAAAUAUGAUAUGGCAGGUUAACCAUACUUUUGAUGGUCAUCAAUUCAUUGUUGACCUUAGUAAAAAAACCUGUACUUGUUGUUUUUGGGAUCUUGUAGGUAUUCCAUGCAGGCAUGCUAUAGCAGCUAUGAGUUAUCAGAACUUGGAUCCAGAAACAUUUGUGGAUAGCUGCUAUAGCAGGGAAACAUACACUAAAUGCUAUUCCUUCAGUGUAAGCCCAACAAAUGGAAUGGAUAUGUGGCCUAAUGUUGAAGUUGAGGAUGUGCUUCCACCAACAUUUAAGAAAGGUCCAGGCAGACCAAGGAAACUUAGGAUUAGAGAGCUUGAUGAAAAUGGAUCUAGGAUGAGAAGGCCUGGAGUUACUUACAGAUGUACUAAAUGUGAUAAAAUUGGGCAUAACUCAAGAAAAUGUCAGAGUACUCAACAACAUCCUGAUGCAUUAAAGAGAAAGAGAAAAGCACCAAGAAAUGUCCAUAGAGCCAACAUUACAACUGCUGAGGAGGUGAUUGCAAGCACUGCACCUGCUAAGGAGGUCAUGGCAAGCACUGCAAAUGCUGAGGAGGUGAUGGCAACUCAGUCAUCACAGCUAGUGAAUCCAACACAGACCCCCAAAAAGAAAAACAAAAAGUCUCCCAAAAAGAAGAACACAAAGUGA